AUGGCAGCUACAUUUUUGCCACCUGACAACGUGCAGAAAGGCGGCAACAACGGUUUCGCAAUGCAGUACGGAAUGUACAACAACACUGACGAAGUGUACGGUCAAGCGCCGCCGUACUUGAAUAACAACGGCUUCAAUGCUGCAAACAACUUUGCUGACAACAACUAUGCCUACCAGGAUGCAGUGAAAGCAUACAAUAAUGGUGGGUGCAACAUGCCGGGCUUCCCCCAGAACGGAUUUGGUGGAGGUUUCCAGAACGAGGCGCAGAUGGGCUACAACGGGCUCGGCUGGCGCCAGGAGUACUCGCAGGGAACAGGGCCCGAAUACGAGGCACAGGAGCUCUGGACAGCAGAAGCAGAUGAAGAGUUUGCCCAAGUCCACGUCUUCGGACCGCAGGGGGAACAGGUGCCAGGAGCUGUUACCACUUUUCAGCAAGCUCAAGGGAUGUUCCCGGACAUCCUUGUCCACAAGCUGAUAGAGGCAGGCUUCACGGCGCCUACACCUAUCCAGGCUCAUACUUGGGCCAUUGGAGUGGCUGGUCGUGACCUGAUUGGCAUCGCCAAGACCGGCAGCGGCAAGACCCUUGCGUUCCUGAUGCCUGGGUUCCUGAAAAUCACGCAGACCCGUUCCAGGCUGCCGCAGCUCUGCGUUCUGGCGCCCACCCGGGAGCUGGCCUGCCAGAUCGAGUCCGAAGCCGACCGCUUCGGCCGUGCUGCCGGAAUCCGGACAGCCUGCUGCUACGGUGGCGCACCUCGGGGCCAGCAGCUCGGUGCCCUACGCCGGGGGGCACAGGUCAUUGUGGCAUGCCCGGGGAGAUUGAAUGACUUCCUGUCUAGUGGAGCUGUGAAUCUUUCCAACGUCUCCUACCUGGUCUUGGACGAAGCAGAUCGGAUGCUUGACAUGGGCUUCGAGCCGCAGAUCAGACAAGUCAUUCAGCAAGUUCCGGAAGACAGGCAGACACUGCUGUUUACCGCGACAUGGCCCCGAGAAGUCCGCUCAUUGGCCAGCGAGUUUUUGAAGCGACCAUUCCACGUGCAAACCGGAGCGGUCCAUGAGAUGACCGUAAACAAAGACAUCGAGCAACGUGUCGUCUUCUGCUCCGAUGAAGAGGACAAGGCCCAGCAGCUCCUUCAGAUCCUGUCUUCCCUCGGGCGCGGCGACCGCUGCUUGAUUUUCUGCGAGAUGAAGCGUUCAUGCGAGAUCCUGGCGAAUGACCUGAUGCAGUACCACGGGGUGCCGGCCGUUCGCAUCCACGGAGACAUGGCCCAGUACGAGCGCACCGGGGCGUUGGAGGCCUUCAAGAGCGGCCAGAGCCCGAUUCUUUGUGCGACGGACGUCGCUGCACGUGGACUCGACAUCAAGGGUGUCACCUGCGUUAUCAACUACGAUUCCGCAAGUUCGGGAAAGGACUACGUCCACCGAAUUGGAAGGACUGGGCGCGCCGGUCAGAAAGGGUUGGCCUAUUCCCUGCUCCUGCUCCACAAGGAGGACAAGAAAGCCUUCGAGAUCGCUUCCGUUCUUGUUCGCAGCGGUGCGGUCGUUCCCCCAGAGCUGGAGAAGUACGCCACGCAGCCUGGUGGCAAAGGAAGGGGAGGCAAGGGCAAAGGCAAGGGCAAGGGCAAAGGCGGAAAAGGCAAAGACGGCAAGAACGGCUCCAAAGGUGGCAGAGGUAAGGGAAAGGAAAGCCUCAAGGGCCUCCCAGCCAGUUUUGAUUGGCUGGCAAGUCGAGCUGUGCCGCCAAAUGAUGGCAAAGGUUCGGCCUAUGCCGACUCCAUGAAGGAGAUUGUGCCGUUCAAGACUGCCCAGGAAUUCUGGAGCAUCUGGAAUGGGGUGCCUCAACCUAGUGAGCUCCUGGAUAACAAGCGCAUCACGAGAGACAAUGGCGGCACCCCCACGGCCAUCGAUGCCAUCAUGAUCUUCAAGAAAGGAGUUCGACCAGAGUGGGAGGACCCUCUAAACGCGACUGGCGGGCAUUUCCAGGUCCAGCUGAAGUCUAGCAUUGGCGGAGCGCAGAUAGACGAGUACUGGAACAACAUUGUUCUGGGCAUGGUCGGGGGCACUAUUGAGCCCUAUGACAUGAUCACAGGAGUCCGGCUAGUGGACAAGCUUUCAGGAGCAAAGGCUGCUGGAAUCCUGAGGAUCGAGCUUUGGUUCACCAAGUACGACAACCAAGAUGCAGUCAAUGCUUUAAAAAAGAGCAUGGAAAAGACCAUGUGUGAAAAGCUGGACGGCACCCCGGGGACUGCAGUGAAGAUAGAGCUGAAACCUCACGUCUCUGCCGGGAAGCACUGA